AUAUAGUGUAAGAAGAUAUUUAAAAGACAGUUUCUUCUGGUUCUGUUUUCCACCAGCGACUGUUCGUUUCUAACGCCAUAAGACGUUUUUUAAGCAUGCAGAUCGCUGGCUAUUUCUGGAGCGAUGCGAAACGAGGAGUAUCCGGUUCCGGUAGCAUCUGGAUUUUGAGAGGUGUAAUCUCGAUCCUGGUAACAUUCACUCUGUUGAGUAAAGCAGAUGAUUGUCAACUUCGACCUGUGAUGCACGUGCUGAAGUUUCCAAACUGUCGUGUUCAUGUGAUCCCUUCAUUUGCCUGUCAAGGAACGUGUUCUUCUUAUGUAGAGGUUUCCGGAUCCAAGUUCUGGCAAGUGGAACGAUCGUGUAUGUGUUGUCAGGAGAUGGGAGAACGUGAGGCUGAGAUUACAAUUUUUUGCCCUAAUCCAAAAAAAUCUCCUUUCCGUAAGGUAAUUACCCGUGCCCCCGUGGAAUGCAUGUGUCGCCCCUGCACAGCAGUAGACGAUAAGUUAAUCCACCCGCAAGAGGUCGCUGAAAAACAAGUAAAACAAGAAUGAAGAAGUAUCUCUAGCUAACGAAAUCUUUGCUUAUAAAUCAGUAGUUUACCAAAGUUUGGUUAACAAUGAUUGUAAUGAGUGUUGAAUAAAACUGUAGCUUGUAUUACUACAGUUGUGUCUUC